UAGACUGCUGCACAAACACUGACAGGAGGAGGAAGAGCAGAAAGAAAAAGCAAAGGUCUCUGAAGGAAAUUCCCCAACUCAGUCUAGACCAAUAAGCAUUGAGAGGCUGCACCUAAAGGCGUGUCUGAGACACACGACUAAAACACUGGAAGUUUGUCCUUGCAGCAGCUUAUCUUGAAGCUAGACAGAUAACUCCUGCAAAAGGGUUGGACAGCUCCAGUGUUUUCAGUGAGCAUGGACAAACCGGUGUGCCUGAUCGACACAGGCUCAGAUGGGAAGCUGUGUGUGCAGCAGGCGGCGCUGCAGGUCUUGCAGCAGAUCCAGCAGCCGGUGGUGGUGGUGGCCGUGGUGGGUCUCUACCGCACAGGGAAGUCUUUCCUGAUGAACCGGCUGGCUGGGAAACGAACAGGAUUUGCACUAAGCAGCAAUAUUAAACCCAAGACAGAAGGUAUAUGGAUGUGGUGUAUGCCCCAUCCCACUAAAGCAGGAACCACUCUGGUGCUGCUGGACACUGAGGGACUGGAAGAUGUGGAAAAGGGCGACUCAAAGCGUGACACCUACAUCUUCAGUCUGGCUGUGCUUCUGAGCAGCACUUUGGUUUACAACAGCCGUGGGGUGAUCGACAACAAGGCUAUGGAGGAGCUUCAAUAUGUGACUGAACUAAUAGAGCACAUCAAGGUCACGCCAGAUGAAGAUGCUGAUGAUUGCACUGCCUUUGCAAAGUUCUUCCCUCAUUUCAUCUGGUGUUUGAGGGACUUCACUCUUGAGCUGAAGUUGGAUGGCAAAGAUCUAACAGAGGAUGAAUAUCUGGAGUUUGCGCUGAAGCUGAGGCCUGGCACUUCGAAAAAAGUAAUGAUGUACAACCUUCCCAGGGAGUGCAUCCGGAAAUUCUUCCCCUGCAGGACGUGCUUCACCUUCCCAUCACCAACCACCCCGGAGAAAAGGUCCAUUCUGGAGAGUUUGAGUCCUGCCGAGCUCGACCCUGAGUUCCUGGAGGUCACCAAACGUUUCUGCAAGUUCGUCUUUGACAGGAGCGAAGUGAAGCAACUGAAAGGUGGACACACAGUCACAGGCAGAGUUCUGGGUAAUCUAACGAAGAUGUACGUGGACACCAUCUCCAGUGGGGCUGUGUUUUGUCUGGAGAACGCAGUGAUCGCCAUGGCCCAGAUUGAGAACGAGGCCGCAACGCAGGAGGGUCUGGAGGUGUACCAGAGAGGAAUGGAGAAGCUGAAGAGCUCCUUCCCCCUGGAGCUGGAGCAAGUGUCCUCAGAGCACCAACGCCUCAGCAGCAUGGCUACACAAGCAUUCAUGGCUCGAUCAUUCAAGGACACCGAUGGGAAGCACCUGAAGGCUCUUGAGGGGGAGAUGGGUAAGCUCUUUGAUGCAUACCGGAGUCAGAAUAAGCAAGUGGGACUGGAGACACACUGUGAUCUUCUCCUCUACAUGCGCUGUAAAGACCCUCUCAUUCUUCACGUCUACUUCUUCCCAGUGAAUGAUGCUCGCUCGAAAGAAAAAGUAGAGCAGAAUGAAAGAUCAAGUCUUCCGAUCAGCCAUCCCAGACCUGACAGGCCGUUUCAGGUGAAAACUCCGCAUGUCCUCGAGGUUCCUGGAGCAUCUGUGUAUCCUGAAGAGGGCAUCUCAUUCAGAACAGACGUCGAGCCAAACUUCUUCAAGGUCAGGAAGCUGCAGGUCGAUGAUGUACAAAUGAAUCUCGUCCGACAGAAAGACAAGAUGUCUGUGUGGACGACCACUAUUUGGAAAGAAGAGUUCGUCCACUUACAGCAAGUCCGAGAUGAGCGGAAACUGAACUCAGAGAUUGAAAAGAAUGAUUUCUUUAAUGCACACAGAGUGGCUUUCAUUGAAAGAGUUACGAAUGUGAAGAGCAUUGCAGAUAAACUUCACGGCCAGAGAAUAAUUCAUAAAGAACUGUAUUCUGAAAUCACCCAGACUAAUGUAACCCGUCAGCAGAUCAUGAGGAAGAUUUGUGACUCUGUGGAUUCCAGUGGGAGGAUAGCGAAAUGUAAAUUCAUUGAUAUCCUUCAGGAAGAGGAGCGCUGCCUGCUUGAAGACCUGAAACAGUCUGAAUCCUAGCUUAGUCUUGUGCUUUAGAGCAGGAACUGCCUCCAUUCUCAGCUAAACUAUGCUAAAGCCUGUUUGAUGCACGAGAGUCAGAUGCAUUGAGAUGAACACUGAACUGAAAUGUUAAUUCGGUAUUUUCUUUGCAAUUAACUGGAGAUUACUCAUUUAGUGGUAAUAUUCAUGCAAACUAAAUGAAUUAAUGAAGUUAACUAGAAUACUAAAAUGGUCAUCUUAAAGGGAUCAGUUGACAUAUAUUUAACAGUCUGUUAUUAAUUACUCCCCCUCAUAUUGUUUCACCUUUGGAACACACAGAUUACGUUAUUUCAGAUGAAAUCCAGGAGCUCUCUCAUCCUCAAUAAUCAGCAAGGGUCGUGAGACCUUGCACGUCUCCUUAUUAGAGAGGGGACAAGGGGAGUCAUGACUAGGCCCACACGGAAUCUGCGCAUGCAGAAUUCCACAGAUU